GAUUCUUCGGCUCACAAAAUUCCCAAUUCCCAGCCGCCGCUGAUCGGAGAUCAGAUAAGAUCAGAGAUUCACCACCACCGCAAAUCAACUGUGAGAGAGAGAGAGAGGCUUCAGGCCAAGUGUGAAAGCAGCAGGCAGCCUAAUCGCUAGCAAAUGACCGUAGCUGGGCUCGAGUUACCUCCAGGCUUCAGAUUUCACCCCACUGAUGAAGAGCUAGUCCUUCAUUACCUUUGCAGAAAGUGCGCUUCUCAGCCCAUCGCCGUCCCCAUUAUCAAGGAGAUUGAUCUUUACAAAUACGACCCCUGGCACCUCCCUGAAUUGGCCGUCUGUGGUGAAAAGGAGUGGUAUUUCUUCUCCCCCAGGGACCGUAAGUACCCCAACGGCUCCCGCCCCAACCGGGCCGCAGGAACCGGCUACUGGAAGGCCACCGGCGCCGAUAAGCCCAUCGGCCGCCCCAAAACUCUUGGUAUCAAGAAGGCACUUGUCUUCUACGCCGGAAAGGCCCCAAGGGGCGUCAAGACCAAUUGGAUUAUGCAUGAGUAUCGCCUUGCCAACGUCGACAGAUCCGCUGCCAACAAAACCAACAACUUGAGAUUGGACGACUGGGUGCUAUGUCGCAUCUACAACAAAAAGGGAUGCAUAGAGAAACAUUACCAAUCCACCGACGACAAGGCAGCCGAAUUCCCUGAUUUCGAGGAUGAGAAACCCGAUAUCACCACCACCAAUAACAACAUGGUACAACUCCCAAUCCACAACCACUUGCAAAUGGAAACAUCCGACUCCGUUCCCAGAAUGCACACCGACUCCUCCAGUGGCUCGGAUCCAGUGACGUCGCCGGAGCUCACCUGGGAUAAGGAGGUCCAAAGUCAACCCAAAUGGGGAGGAGGAGGAGGAGAAAGAACAGCGGCGGCUGAUUUCGACUUCUUUGAGUUCAAUUACAUGGAUUCUUUCUCCAUGCCAGAGGAUCCAUUUGGAAGCCAGGUUCAAUUCCAGAUGGACCAUCUUUCGCCAUUGCAGGACAUGUUUUCGUAUCUACAGAGGCAGAUUUAGCCACCAUCACCGCCGCCGCAUGGAUUUAGGGGAUGCAUUCAACCCCGUUACCAGGCUUCCUCACUCUACCCAUAUAUAAACAUAAUAUUCAUAUUUUUACGCAACGGUUAGCAAAUUCUUUGAUAAGCCGAAACCAAUAUGCUCAGAAAGUAUUUGUUUGUGAGGGUUUCUCCUCUUCCUUUGUUGUAAUGAAGAAUGUAGUUGAUUAGAAGAGAAUUGAGCUCUGCUCCUUCCAAAGUUGAUGAUCUUCAAUUCAUCCUCCUCAACCCAAAACCAAGAGGAGCGAUGGUAGUGUGUAGUUAGCAACACAACAUUACAAUUGCCAACCCAUGUCUACACCACGACCCACCCACUGUCAUUUAAGCAUUGUAUAUUCCCAAGGCUGCCUGCGAUCAACCAAACCAAAUAACGCUGCCCCAGUCAUGGAUGUGAAUCUAACUCAUCUCAUCUUUGUAAUUUCAAAAGCAGAGUUAAUUAAAAAAAAAAUUGUCAGUUCUAA